CCACAGCUAUAUUUAUGCUCUACUGGCAAAAGUCACACCAAUAGCACCUUCUAACUCUCAAGCAACAACUGAAAUUUCUUUAAUUUAAAGAUAAAUUUAUUUUUAUAUAAAUUAAUUUUGCAUGCUACCUUGGCUGAAGUCUAGAUGUUUAAUUUUGGCAUGGCCAUCAUUUAAAAGUUGUCCUGUGCAGUGAACAUUUUACUUUGGCUGACCGGAGCUCUGGAUAAAUAAUCGACAGCAUUUUCAGCAAACGCGCAAGUGGAACUUUUGGUUUGAACAGGUUUUCUACCCUUUCUCAUUUCAAAAAAACUAUUUGAACAUGCAUCUGAGAGACUGCUGAUUGCUUGUGGAAACAGGUCUUUGGAAACCACAUCUUUUGGAAAUGUCAAUCUCGCCUGUGGUGAAGUAACCACGGGAAUCCAUUUUGGGGAGAAUAGGUUCAGCAAGAGGCUGUUACGGAGGUGAAACUGGAGCGCUGGGGACGGUUAGCCGGGCCCCCCGGACGAGAGGAGGGGGCGCCAGCGGGGCCUCCCUGCAGAGGGUCAGGCUGGAGGAGGUCUGGGGAUGAAAGCUACUGGGACAGCCUGGUGUCAGAGGUGGAGGUCUUACCCCACGCUCCCAGACCCCAGAGUUGCAUCGGGGACAUCGGGGGCAUGGGGGGCAUCGGGGUGGAGGGCUGGCUGCAGCAGCUGGAGAGAGCGCAGAGGGCGCAGGGUCCCGCCCGCACCAAGAUGCCGCCCCUCUCGGACCGGACGGUCUCCAUGCCCACCCUGAACGACGGGACCCCCUUUCGGAAUUACCGGGGCCAGGCUUUGCCCCCCGGGUGGGACCGCCCGCCACACAAGCCCAUCAGCCAGGAAGAGACUCCACAGGGCAGUGUGGAGGACCUCUUCCUCCCUCCUGGCCAAUGGAAGACGGCUCGCUUCCGGAGCUCUCCUCGGCCCGAGCCGGUGCGGGUCUCCACCCUGGCCUCCGUGAGAAACGGCUGGCUGCCCAUUCAGAAGAGGGCCGUGGUGUGUGACAUCACCCGCCACGCCCCGCCCCCGAAGGACUCCACCAGUCAGGAUCAAUAUAACCCCUCCAAUGCCACCAGUAUCCCCAAAUGUUUUAUGAAAAAGAAUGGGUUGGAAUGUACAGAUGGGAAAGAAAGAGAUACGAGUACACAGGCAAACUGCCUGGACCCCAGACCCAGGAGGUUAUCGGGUCAAGCCUCACCCAAUAUUAUACAGACCUCAAACCUGGCUUCGCUGGAGAGUGAUUCACCACUUGGCUGGGAGAGGUGGAAGAAGGGGUGGGAGGAGAGGAGGACGGCGUUUUUCUCAGCUGGGGUUCAACCUGGUGACCACAAUGCGGUGCCCCAGAGACACAGCCCUCUCCACAGAACUGCGAGUGCUCCAGUUCCCUCAUGCACCGCAGCGCCCCCUGCUGGCUUGGAGACGCUUCCCACGAAGCCACGAUUUUCCUCUAUUAUGGCCACAGCCCGGAGGAUCCCCCGGUCCCACACGUCCCCCUUGAGCUCUGGAGGAACCACCGAAUCGGAUGAGGCGGGGAGCUCCGCCCCUCCUGCCCACGAAAACCCACCGGCAAACCACCCCAGCGAGCCCAUCGUGCGGAGAAGACGGGUGUCCGUGAUAAAGGUGACAGACACUGGGCGGAGUCGGCAUUCAGAUGAGACCGCCCCAGGGGUGGGGCCACGGGAGUUCAGACACAGCUACAGCGAGGGAGACGGAAAGGAGAACGUCCUCUCUCGUUUCUGCCUUCAGGGCGGGACGGGCCCCGCCCGGCCCUCCGCCUGCACGGAGGGGCGGAGGGGGUCAGCGGACGCCGCCCUGCAUCCGCGCAGACCGCGCUCCUGUUCGCUGGCGGAGCCGGAGGGGAGCGGGGAGAAGAUAUACAGGUCCACCCUGUCCCUGUACUUAUGCAGGCCCUCCUCCGGCGGGGAGGCGGCGGGUGACCUGGGCAGACCCGCCCGACCCCCGAGCUUCGCCGGCGCUUUUCGGCACGCCGACCCUGGAUUGGGCGGGCCGCCGGAUCCCGCCGCAAAGCCACCGAGCUUCGGGUCUCCAGAGAAAGCGAAUAUUGGCUGUGCGAGAGACGCAGCUUGCAGUCUAAACCUGUCUCCCCCCUCCGUCAGCUACCAUGGUGCAGAGUCCUCCAAACAAGAUGUGGGCUCCAGGCGGGGGCCUGGCCUUCACCCAGGCCAGAGCUGGAGCCAGCGCCCUGCUGCCGUUAGACCGCAAGCUUUCUCACCAACCAUGAAUUCAGAAGACCACGGGAUCGAUGUGGGCCUGAAAGACUUGUCCUCCUUUGGUACACAUCAAAGCGCUGAAGCCAUCUUGGCUCUGAACGCCGCCUCCAUUAUCGCCAGCAUAAAACUCCAAACGCGGAUCAACAAGAUGGCCAACCUCCUUUCGGAACAGGAGUCCAAGAAGCCCCCGGAGCCGGGAAAUGAGACGGUGGAGAAUUCUGGGAGCCAUGAGAGCAGCCCCCCUGCUGGGGGCGUGGUCAGACGGCUCCAAGGUAACGCUGGGAGGAAGGCACGGCCACACCCCAUUUACUGGCAAGAGCCUCCCUCUGACCAGCAAGAGGACAAUGCGGCCCCACUUACUUUAAGAGAGGCUCUGGAGCUCCUGCGGCCAGACUUCAUCAAACGCUCCCAGCGAAGGCUCAAGGAGGUGGAGCUGCGGGCGCAGAAGAGGAGGGCCCAGCAGGGCAGCACCCUGGAGCUGGAGUCCGCCCAAGCGGCCAGGAGGACCUGCAGCACCAAGCCAAAUCCCCUCGGCGAUGACCAUUGUAAACUUGGAGACAGAGCCAUUGCAGGGAAGGAGAUUGUGCUCAGAUCCAAAAGGCAAGCUGCAUCACAGUUCAUCUUCAGCAGGGCCCAUUUCUCAAGUCUCUUGUGUUACUUGCCCCCAACAUCAAGAGGAACAGACAGGAAGAGAAGAAAAAAGUGGCGUCACAGACCAACAGGCUGCGAGCUGCGGUCUUUAAGAAGAAGCUACUGGACCAGAUUCUCAGGAGGAACAUGGACUGAAGGGGCUUGGAGGGAGGCCGUGCCAAAGCUUGACCCAGCACCUCAGCUGCACCUGCCUAACACCUGUCCGUGUGCUCAGGCAACUUCUAAAUCAAUGGUGCCAUUGCACAUGGUAAAAUGUCCAGAGUUGAUUCAACUCUAACAGGGACCAUAGAUACUUUGUAAGAGUUGAUUUAACCAUGAAUAUUUUCCUGUGCAGAAAAACAUUCACUACUUCUUAAAUACUGUUUUAAUUAUUUUUAUAUCUUAUAUUGCGUUUGUGUAGAAAAACAAACGUUUUAAUGCAAGGAAAGGUAUGCUCUGGACAUUCAGGUUGUUGGUGUUUACAUAAGAUAACGUGAUGUAAUGAAUGUAUGUGAACAUGGUUGAGCUUAAGAUACCAGCAACCUAAAUCCCAGGAUUCUGUAUAUUUUGUUAGUGCUAACAACCAUACUAUAGAUUUAUUAACUAAGCCAUUUUAGAAAAAAAGAACAUUGUGUGUGUGUGUGCACAAAUGUAUUUGCUAUUGUUGAUAAUUUAUUAUUAUUAGAAUAUUAAUUCUGUCAAAUCUUCUUUUUGUGGAACGAUCAUCUCUGAAAUUAAUAUUUUUUAGAACUACUACUGGAAUUUGGGCAACAGACUGGAGUUUGAAACAUUUUUUUCUUCUCCCUUGUGCCCUCUUGUGGCUCCUAUGGGGAAGUCUGAAAAAUAAAAUUGCCAUUUCAAUCAAUUACACACAAAUGCUCUUAGUUGAGUUAAAGGUAGAAGUUAAUUUGCUUGAACGAGAAGUUGAUAAGCAAAUAAGCUGUCAAGGAAAGAAGAACUUUCUAUCACUCACUGUUAAAAGUUUUGUCUGGGGUUCUGUGAACGUGCCUUUGGGAACAAGAAUUCCAACUUAAUGGAACUCAGGAGACUGACAGAAUGAAAGCCUUGUCAGUAAGGUUGUUGAUGAUGAACUAUGUGGUGCCGUUGCAGAUCAGCUACGCCUUUAACAGUGCAAAUAUAACCUGUAAACAUGGCUUUGUGAACCAGGAAAAAUGGGUGUUGGAAGAUUGCUGUUUUAAGCAGAAUUAAUGACAAAGCAUCAAGCUUCAUUGGUGCUUAGGGAAUACUUGGAUAUUCUUUCUGUAUUCCUUUAGAUAGCUACUGAAAAUGUGUUGUAUUACUGUGUUAUUUCCAAAAUAUAUAUAAUUACAUUUUUUACAAAUUACAUUUUAGAAAUGUACAAUAGGCAGAUUAUGAAAGGCUGUAUUUUUUGUGAUUUGUGUGUGAUUAUUUGUUAUUCACGUGAUAACAUUUAUAAAUAUUAAGCUUUGCAAAUAUUAUAAAUCACUAGUUUGUCCAAAUAAACACAACUAUCUGAAAUGGCAUUUAAAAAAAUGUUUAAAAUGUUAAUCUUUGUGAAUGACCUGCAAAUAAAUUACUGCUGUUGAUAACUCA